UACUUUUACAAAAAAGUUUUGCUGUUGGCCAAGUUUUCACUAACAUUGGCUAUUACAAAACAACCAAAGUAGUGUUAACCCACACAUACACAUAAACUUGUCGGUCAAUUGUAGCAAAUACGGUGCUUUUAACGUUAUGGUCGCAUAGUAAAGCCCUGUUCAGGUGGCGUAGACACCAUUUUCUAACGUUAGCCGUGUAAAUGGUGUAAAAAUGUCUUUAAGCAGUAUAUAUUUACUAGAAUACGAUCGGUGCGCGGCUAACUCGCUAACUUUUCAGUAACUUUUGUUUCGGACUACUUUAAGGGAUCAUCGUCAAACUUGCAGACGCCAGGAGAGGGAGUGUGAUUAUGCACAGCCAUUCGCUGACUGCGCCACUUUAAGUGAAAUGGGAAGCCUUGAAACCUCCAUGUUUGUAUCUUGAAAUUGCGAGCGGAGUUGAGCACCAUAUUGAAUCAAAGUUGCCAUCUCCGUGACAAAUGUUGUCUAAGUUUCAGACUUCAAACUUUAGCGGGUAGGCUAUCUGAGCGGACAACAACACCCGAGGUGUAAUGGACGUGCUGUAAGGCAACUUGUUGCGAUGUUUCCCGGGGCGCUUCGGCUUCGUUGUCGUACAUGUUAAGUUGGUUUUUAAAUGCACGGAGUCAGCGAACAAUCUCUAACUUUAAAAGUGUGAGAUCAGCACUCUGGACCAGACCUGGAUGUGAUGGACAAUCCGUCCUCAAUAAUCACCCAAGUCAGCCGGGAUGAAGAGGGAAAUAAAGCCACAGCAGAGAGGGGUUCCUCACCCUCUCUGUCCUCCAAGAAGCCCAGGGGCGAAGGCCUGUUCUCCAGCCUUUUCUGCUGCCUGCGUCGAGACCAGCCUGAACCCCCACCAGUCAACAACAAUGCCCCUCUGCUGGUCGAGGAGAACGGAACCGUCUCCAAGAACCAGGUGAAGCCACUGCUGCCUCCGGCAAAGUCAAAACACUCUGGAAAGAUCUGUGUGGUUAUAGAUCUGGAUGAGACGUUAGUUCACAGCUCUUUUAAGCCUGUAAACAAUGCCGAUUUCAUUAUUCCUGUGGAAAUAGAUGGAACAGUACACCAGGUGUAUGUCCUGAAGCGGCCCCACGUCGACGAGUUCCUGAAGAGAAUGGGAGAGCUGUUUGAGUGCGUCCUGUUCACUGCCAGUUUAGCUAAGUAUGCAGACCCCGUCUCCGACCUCCUGGACAAGUGGGGCGCUUUCCGCUCCCGCCUGUUCCGUGAGUCCUGCGUCUUCCACCGAGGGAAUUACGUCAAGGACCUGAGUCGACUGGGCCGCGAUCUAAACAAGGUCAUCAUCGUGGACAACUCCCCCGCCUCCUACAUCUUCCACCCGGACAACGCAGUGCCCGUGGCCUCGUGGUUCGACGACAUGUCCGACACCGAGCUGCUGGACCUCAUCCCCUUCUUCGAGAGGCUGAGCAAAGUGGAUAACGUCUACACGGUCCUCAGGCACCAAGGGGCCGCGAGCUAACGGUGUUCGACUUCUCAUCUCAGCCCCGAAACAAAAACGGCGUACAAAACGGAUAUACCCACACCGGCGAGGGGCUCCAGCACCAGCACCAGCACCAGCACCAGCACCAGCACCAGCUGUCACUGCCCACCAGAACACAGACUGCUUCACAGCUGACUGAGCUUUUUACCUUCCCAGUAUCAAACCAAGAUCCCGUUUAGGGACUUUGAUGGCGUCAUCACUGCCACCUCCUGGUCAAACAGAAAAAAAAACAACCUGUAAUUUGCCUUGUAACUUUCUCCCUAUCAGCCUUACCGUGAACCAGCUGAUGUGAGCGAAUGGAUGGAUGCAUGUUUUUUAAUUAUUUUUUUUUUAAGGACAUUUCUGCAGUGUCACGAAGUGCAGUUAAUAAAGUAGUAGCGAUGAAUCCUGGGUACUGGACUUCUCAUGGAUUCAACAGUCUGCUCCUGCAAACGAUGCAGGGAUUUGUUAAGCAGGAAUCAAGUGGAAAGGAUUUUUUAUUUUAUUUUUGGAAAGAUUUACAUGCAAAUAAAGUCGAUCAGCCUAGUCAUUUCGUCAUUGAAAGAGCAGAUGGUGUAUACGUGCUGUAGAUGUCUUUUUCUUUUUAAACGUUUUGGAAUAACAUCAUCUUUGUCACACACCCUAAUGUUGUGAAUGAUCACACUAUUUGUCUGCAGUCAAAGCACAUGUGAUCCUCGGCUGUCAUUUUAGAGUUUUUAGAGCGACGUGAUUUUCAAUAAUCAUGACAGCGUUACGAAAGAAUCUGAUCAGAAAAAGUUGUGAUCAGGAGUUGUUAAGUUCACUAAUAACAAAAUGAUUGGACAGCACUCUGCAAGUACAGUCUAUUUUCUAUAGUACAGUCCUCCCUUUUACUGUAAACAAAUUGAUUUUAGCACAAUUUGUAUACUAAACUCUGCUUACAAAACAGCAUUGCAUAAUAAAUGGGAUACUUUUUUUGUUUUUUAGAUUAUUUAAUUCUAGUAUCAAAAUAGGUGGGGGCAAAAAGUCCUUUUGCUGCAAGAAGCAAUACAACUUUCUGAACCCUGAGGCAGUAAGUUGGAAAAUCAGUGUAAACCAUUAAAAUCCCUUUUUUUUUUCUUUUUCUUCAUUGGUAUAGACCAAAAACAAUAAGCCAUAUGACAAGCCAAGUAAGACACUAAUAUGAAUAUCAAACCAUCUGCACAUGAGAGUGAUAGAGCAGCUGCUUUUGUUUUUUCGGAUGCAGAUUUCCAAAGGUGGUUUAAAAGAUUGAUGGAGAGCCGAAAUGCAAUGUAUCUGCACUCGGAUGUCAAUAGAUGUUAUGACCCCAGAGACAAGAGGGCCAGGAUGGACUCCUCCUAUGGGUUCUGUUCCUACACACAAAACUUGAAUUUCUCACAGCAUUUUUACAGACUGUAUUUGAUAUGGUAAGAGACAGUUGUAUGAUGCAAAAAAAGGUUACAGUGUGGUUUAUCGGUUGGGUUUUCAUAAGCUUCAAAGUACAAUGUUUUCUUUCUUUUUUUUCUACGCGGUACACGUAGGCUGUAAAAAAUAAAAAUUCAGGACUUUGUAAUGAGUAUGCUGUGUCUGGUGAGGAGACACACCUUUGAAAACAAAAGGUGGUUUAAUUCGGUCCAGAUUUAAAGGUGAAAUCCACUCUGAACUGGUAAUAAACAGCUGUUGGUGAUUUAUUUUUGCACCUCUGGGUCCUUUUAUGGUAUUUGGCUGGGUGGUCUUAUUCUGUUGGAUUGACAUGGCGUAAUGUUGAUAUCAUUCUAGCGCAGCUACGACGGAGUUUAGUAGAUCCGAAACGUGAACCGCAAAUGUCCGAUUUUCUUUCAUGUAGUUGUCAUUUCACAUAGACCUUUUUGGACAAAUAAAUCCCAGAAGAGGCAGAGAUAGUCACAGUACUACUCAUUAUUCAUUCAAGUUGCCAAAAAAAAGGCAUUCUGGGAAAUUAUCAAAAAAUGAUUUGAGGGUGGAAUUUUCCUUUUUUUUUUUUUUUAACUCAUUGAUCACAUGUGGACCUACACAUUGAAUCGGUAUUGUUUUAUUAGCGCUACAUGGUGAUGUUGGUCCAGGCAGUUCUAAGGAGCAGCGUGGCCUCUGGCAGGCCUCUUGUUAUCUCCCUCAUAUGCGUUGACAAUACCAUGUGUUGACUGAUGAAUGAAACCGUGGAUUUGACUAAGAGCCUCCGUAGCAGCCUUGUGAUGCGACUUGACCUAGAUGAGGCAGGGGUGACGAUUAAAUCCACCAUAUUACGAGCUAUUACAUUAUUUGUCUAUGUUUAACAAAUUCUUGUCAAUCAAAUGUUCCUGUUUCUUUGAUUUUUCUCUAAUUUCUGUUUUUCCCCUGAUACAAUAUUUGCAGCUAGUUUUCCAAAGGGGACACAUUAUUAUAAGACCUGGGUUGGUGACGUUGCAUAUCAAUAAGUAAUAUUUGGCUCAGACACACCAGAAAAUGACUAAAAACAUAGCAUCUUACUGUUGAUAACUUGUUUUGUUGGAAUUCAUCGUCAAACAGGAGUAUUUAUAGGAACAUUAAGUUGUUUUGUCAGUCAUAUGAUUAGUUAUGUAAAACGAGCGUUGUGUCACUACGUGGGCCCAUUCACUGAUACUGUACUUCUCACACAUUCAGUAGAUAUGUAUAUUUUGUUUUGCACAGUAAUAAAGCAAACAAAUUGUCAUUAAUAUAUGGAAUAUUCCUGUUACUGUACUCAUAAUUGAUUAGAUGUAACCUAAUUAUUUUUGACCAUUUGUUUUAUCAUACAAAAUUAUAUAUGGACUGUUAUGUAAUAAUGCCUCCUCUUUUUCAUAAAUGCUAAAUGAGAAAUUGUC